AUAAUAAUAACCAAUGAGAUAAUGUUUGAAAUUCUUACACAUUAAGUUUUGCCAAUAAAGAGUGUGUGAUUUUUAUGUUUUACAUUUGACGAGUAUUCAUACAAUUUGAGAAAUGAUCAUAUAUACUUACAUAUGUAAAUAAGUACAUAUAGUACAGACAUUCUCUGCUGUUGCAUGAGAUUUUAUACCUUUAUUAAGCAUUCACCAUUUUUCGACUUCUUGUAUUAAUGUAUAUUUGCAUAAAAGUUCAAUUGUAAUGGAUUGUACCAAGAAAGAGUGUCACAUACAAAUAAUGAGUAAAGGACAAUUCUCCCCAGUUAAUAAACUUACGCAUACAAAAUCAACACAAGGAAGAAAUUUAACAGGUUCUGCUCGCCAUAUACGAGAUUUAAUUGCAGAUAUUCAUAAAAAUAUACAAAUUUGGAAUACACUUCAUUUAGAAGGAGUAACAUUACUAAAUAACAUAACUCAAGCGAAACAAGAUGAAUCUUAUUCUGAAAUUUUGCAAGAACAAUGUGAUAAAUUGGAGAUUAUUUGUGAUGGAUUGGACGAUAUUGUAAAAAAUUUUGCUCAAAUUGAACAACAGAUGAAAAUAACAGCUUCUUUAGAAACUAGCAAGGACAAGUUAUUUACAACAUGGCCUAGUUCAAAAUUUGGACAAGUUGCAAAAUCAAUAUUUAGUUUAUAUUCUAAUGAAGCAAAAGUGAAGCGUGCAAUUUUGGAAGAUACAGCGCAUUAUUAUACAGAAUCUAGGAAAAUGUUGUUCCUUGCUAGUUGGGUGCAUCAACCAUUAUUGCCAGAAAAUCUAACAACAGUCUUAGAAUCAAUGUUAAUAGAGAGUGGACAUAGGUAAUUAAUUAUUGGUGAUAUAAAUUUUGGUAAGUAUUUUUCUAUUUCAAAAACAAUUCAAUGUUUACAAUUAUUAUUUUUUGUAUUAUAUCAUAAGUUACAACUAUUGAAAUAAAACAAAGAUUAACAGAAUGAUCAUUUAUUUGUGGCUUUCCAAAUACCAUUUGUAUAAUUUCACAAAACGAAAUAUAUCAAAUUGAAAUAUAUAGUCCAAAUCUAAAGUGAAUUAUGAAAUUCUGUUUACAAUUGGUACCUGAGAUCGCAAAGAAUUAAUAUGAAUAUAGAUAAAUAUAAAUAUACUAGAAAUUUGCUUGAAAAUGCAGAUUCUAGAAUAUGUAUCUAUAGAUACAAGGAAUUAAAUCUG